UUCAAGUUCAAUUGUCUCUCGCGGGGUCAGCUUGAGAGCUAAGGUCUCGAUAAGAUCUUCCUACCUUUAUUCAAAAUAUUAUCAUGCCAUGAGGUUUUUUUGGUAACUUGAUUUUUGCCGUUAUUGUUUGAAUGUUCUGCGGAAAUCGUCUGAAUAAUUCUUUUGAUGACGUCAAACAAUCAGAACUUCAAGUUGCACAAGUGAUUAUUCGUUGCCAGAAGUUAAAUGGCUCAGUGAAAAUAGCUUUUUCAUCAAUCUCUGGUCGCAAUACUUACUUUUAUACAGCAGUUAUUUCAAGACAACAGAAAACAAUCAGAAAACGGCAGGUAUUAGUCAGGUCAUGCUAGAACUAAUGGAACAUCUUUUAUCAAGUCCUAAGGAAUCUCGCUCGCGUGAAGAUGUAGAAAGAAUUCUUCCCUUCUUCAGAACCAGAACUCCUCUGUUUCAUGCCCUUAGUAAAGAUCUGCUUGUGGAUAUUGCUCAAAAUGCCACUUUGAAGAAAGUCAAGAAAGAUUACGCAAUCGUGUGGCAGGGACAAGAGGGAGAGAAUUUUGGGAUCAUUCUCAAAGGAGCUGCGUCAGUGCACGCCAGAAAGGACCAGGCACGCGCACCUCAGCAAGACUCCUUACCAAUUCCUCGCAGCAAUAAGGACCGUGUUGCCGUCGUGGGUCCUGCGCUUGGUGGCUUGCGAUCAGGAAGCAGCUUUGGGGAAAUGCUAAUGUCACAUGACCACUUGACAUAUAACUCUACUAUCAUAGCUGACGAGCUGACGUAUGUUUUACUCAUAGACGAGGCGUUGUACGCAAGAUCAUUCGGAAUUCAUAAACUAGAAUGGGAGAACAAAGCGAGUUUCGUCAAUCUGUCGCCUCUUUUUCGAAACUUGACGCCUGCUAUUAAGAACCUGCUGAUGGAGAACUUAAAACAAGUCGACGUCCAGUUCGGCAAUCGUUUCAUAAAGCAAGGAAGCAUUUGUAACAGUCUAUUUUUUGUCUUUCAUGGUUGGGGAAAAGUGAUCGCUGACUUGCGUUUGAGCAUGACGCAAUAUGAAGCGAUGAAAGCGAGUUCAAAGGUUAAAAGUCUAUCGUCCGGUCGAAAGACUGCAUGCUCUGAAAGAGCUGAAACCACAACGAAGAAACUUGACCCCAGUCGCCCUCUGUCAGUUAUUGAGAGGCGUAGGCACAGGAAAGAGUACGGGUACGUUGCCAUGGAGACGCUUAUGCGACAGCGAGAGUUGCCAGUGACGGCGACAGGCCCUAAUGACAUCAUAGGAGACAUUGAAAUUAUCAUGAACCUACCUACCUACUGCGCGAGUGUCGAGUGCAUGGAAAACUUACGCGUUUACGAGCUAAGCAAAUACAACUUUUAUCAAAUUAUAAAUCAGAGAUGCACACAGACUUAUAAUCUCAUAAAGGGGAGCGUUUUGAGUAAGUUAUACCACCGAGCACAACGACACGAAGACAUACCGCUGUACAGUCUACUUUACGACCAAGCCUCGGCGUCGCCAGCUAAGAAAAGAAAGAAUAAAUCAAUGUCCGCGCUGUGGAGUAAAAAGGUCUUAGAAGUGCAAACUCUAAAGAGAUUAACAGGAAUAGCGAGAAAAACUGAACCACCGGCUAAAAUUGGGGAUAGUUCAAUGUCACACAAGGCAGCUGGGACUGUGGACAAUGACAAAAAGGAAUCAAAAUACAGGUAAACGAUGUAUUAGAAGAAUAUAUAUUAGCACGCCCCUAAACAAGGGAUAAACCCAUGUAGUAGAAUAGUCCAUAUUCGUAUUCUCGGUAUUGGAUUGGAACUAGCUUGGAAUCGAGGCUCAUUCGGGACCAUUUGCCAAGACUCCCCGCAGUAGCCUUAGUUGCAAGCUAGUGCCAGUCCAUCAUUGAGAAUACGAAAAUAGAGGAUAAAUUGACUGCACAUCCUCAGAACUCCGCCAUUCUCCUCCAAAACGGUAUUCUCGUCCCCAGUACUACUCGUUUUAAUUAAGUGGCUCUGGUUACGAGAAUGCCGAAACGCGUGAAAACCACAUAUGGUAGGAAUUCAUACACGCCCGCUCCAGAGCUAAAAUUUCUAGCAGAGGUAACACAUUCAUCUAAGUGAGCGUGCACUAAUUUUUUGGGCAUUUCCCGCUCUGGCAUGGUUUAAUUAAUUAUAUAUAAGCCGGGGUGGGGAGGGGAGAGUUCACGGAUGGCACGAAACAUAUAUCUCUCCACAUUAACAUUGUACGAAGUGAAACCUUAUAAAAUGAAAUAAAUAACUAACUAAAUGAUCUUAAUCCCGAGGUCAACAUGAGGAAAUCCCAUAAGGUUGGUUAUAAGCACGCACUAGCGGGCAUUAAUGAGGCGAGAAAUUUUGUGCAGCAAUGAUAUGCAUUGCAGUUCAAUGGAAUCUUCUUAAUGUUUGUAUUUUGUUUGUUUUUCUUGCAGUUCUGGUGAGAGCAAGAAAGAUGACAAACAGCUAGAGAAAAAGGCAAGUAAACGCUAAGUAAGGCAGUUUUAUAGCGCAGCUUGUCAAUGAGUAUGUAGGCCGGUCGGUCAGAAAUUAAAUGCAAUCAUACAGUCAGUCAGUCAGUCAGCCGGGCGAUCGGUCGGUCGGUCGGUCGGUCGGUCAGCCAGCCAGUCAGUAUGUAAUUCAGUCAACCAGUCAGACAGAUAUUGGUUAGUUGGCUACUCGGCUGAUCAGGCAGUUAGUGUGUCAUUCCGCUACCCUUCAGCUUUUAGCUAGGCGAUCGAUUAGUCAGUGGGACAGCCAGUCAUUUGUAGGAUCGAUCAGCCGAUCGGAUAAUCAAAGGGUCAGUCAGUCAGUCGCACUUCGGAACGGUCGAUUGGUAAGCCAGGCCACACUUAGACUAUAGUGAGCCGCCAUGUAAGUCGAUACACUUACACUGGCGUAUUCUAGUUCGAAGUUUUCUGUCGAUAUUUGGCUCUAUGAUUUACACCUGGCUCGAUAUAAUUGAUUUCUGGUUCUUUUUAAAUUUCUCUUUUGUUGGGAACUCGCCUUAGCUACUUACUCUAAAACGUCUUUCCUUGAAGGCUGGCUACAAGCAGUAUACUGUUGACGAGUUCCGCGCGUUGAAGAAAAAGAUGCAGGCACAGGCGAAGAUUGCGCUCUAGACAUUGGACCGAAGCCAUCAGCAUCUGGGUAACAUACACUGCACCGGGCUAUUAGCUGGAAAAGUGGUCGUCCAGCUAAUUCGGAAUUCCGUCGUCCUACUACAAAUCUAGGCACACGGCUUACUGUUUGUUUCUGUCUCUAAAGAACCAUUUGGGUUUAAUUUAGAAAUCGUUGUUUAGUUGUCCUGAUCAUGACGUUGUCGUUGUGGAUGUAAGGCUUUGAGCAGUUUUAACUUGGUGAUAGUUCUGUCGUUAGUGCUACUCCUAACAAGGUGUGGGAAAAGGAAUUUUUAUAGUCACUUCUUUACUGCGCUCAAAGCAGCCUGUCCACUAUACAAGCGAGAAAGAAAUAGAAUUUUUUUUUUCCGACUUAAAAUUAUCUUGACCUUUUUGUAAGGAAAUGGUUCUCUUGGUAACAGUAAGAAUAGAAGACCAUAAUAAAAGAGGAUAUAGAACGGUGUAGAAUGUUCUUUAAGUUUAAUUCUGUUCUGUGAUUGUUUUUGUUUUGGUUUUGUUUCGAUUUGUUUGCUCAACUGUUACAGUUAGUGUUGCCUCUGAAGGGCGUUUUCUUGAUUCAGCACGUGGCUAGCCUCUCCAGCUUUCUCGAGGAAGUGUGUUCUCUAAAGGGAUUUUAUCUUUUGUAACCAUCUUGUGCCACACUCAUCCAUGGGGACUUCAUGAUUUAAAGCAGGAGCCCAUCACGAGGAGAGUGCAACUCCCGUACUAAGCUUAUGUUACGGCAUUUUUACAUACCGCGCCGGUCUAUAUUUUAGGCAUCUUUUCCCUCGAAAUAUGUCAGUUCCGGUCUACAUGAGCGCGCAUCGGUAAGGGAAAAAUCCUUUUCAGACUGGGAGAACUGACCGGGGCAUUAAAUCCGCCCGCACGGACCAUAACCACUUAUACUUGUUUCAACAUUUGAGUGGGAGCUGCCAAACUUUCAGUUUUAUUUGACAAUAAUUUUGAAUCACAUAUACUUGAAUUUGACCUGGCAAUGACAUUUUAAAGGCGUUUUUCCCCCAAAAAUUUCGACUUGUUUCCAUUUAAAAAAUAUAACUUUCAUACACUUAGCUUACAUGUUUAGCUUUUUGUUUGGGACUUUUAAAAUCGAUUGAUUGCUUUUGAGUUACUACUUUGAAACAUCAAGAUAGUGGCUGUUUUGAUAACC